UGUCCCAUUUCUUCUCAGAUUCGUUCGACCUCACGCGUCCUCCAUCCCUUCCCUACCUUACCCUCAACGUCUCGCCGCCGACGCCGCCCAGCUCCUUCGGCCGAGGGAUUUCCGCCGCGCCGAUCUGACCGCCCCGUCCCCUCCGUCGCGGGCGCCUCUCCAUCUCGUGCCGCCCCCGCCGCUCCUCCCUGCCACACGCGAGGAGGGCGGCGCCGCUGCCCCUGCCCCGCCGCUUGUCCCCCAUCUUCUCCGCGCGGAUCCGCCUCCGAGGUUUCUACAAUCAUAAACUGUCCUACUUUUACAUGGAAUUUUCCUAAACAUCAAUAAAGGAUGAGAUUGAGGAGCAUAAAUGGACUGCGGUGCAAGCAGCUUAAGCUCGUCCUUCUUGCUUUCUUCAUAAUGUUUAUUCUCUGGAAAUGGGAGGAAGGAACAUACUACAAUACUGAAGAUAUCCACCCAGAUUCAUUGGUUGUGUCUCAUCCAGCUAACUCAAAGUUUGUAGAUCAGCAUACAUCUUCAGAUGAAGACUUCCCAAGUGUAGAUUCAUUGCCACAGCCAGUAGUUAAAGUAGGAAAGCAAGUUACCGGUGCACCACCACCAGUGCCACUUGUCGGUGUUCCUGCUAUUGUGGGAGGUGAACAGGGGGCAUCGCCUUCUAAGUUGAAAGAAUGUAACCACAGAAAUGGAAGAUGGGUUCCUGACAAGCGCAGACCACUCUACUCUGGUUUUGGCUGUAAACAGUGGCUUUCUGAGAGCUGGUCCUGCAGAUUGACUCAGCGCACUGAUUUUGAUUACGAACAAUUUAGAUGGCAACCUGAAGCUUGUGAUAUGCCAGAGUUUGAGGCCUCUCAGUUCUUGAUGAGAAUGCAGGGCAAAACCAUUGCUUAUGUGGGCGAUUCUUUAGGGAGGCAGAUGUUUCAGUCCAUGAUGUGUAUGGCUACUGCCGGAGAAGAGCGGGCAGACGUGGAAGAUGUCGGUGCGGAGUACGGGUUUGUCUUAGCACCAGGCGCAAAAAGACCAGAUGGCUGGGCUUACCGGUUCCCGAGCACCAACACGACCAUUCUAUACCAUUGGUCGUCGACGCUAUGUGAUCUGGAGCCUCUGAAUCCAUCAGAUCCAGCCACCAGCUACGCCAUGCACCUCGACCGCCCACCUGCUUUCGUGCGGGACAACCUCCACAGGAUCCACGUUCUGGUCCUCAACACCGGCCACCACUGGAACCGGGGCAAGCUAAGGGCAAACAAGUGGGAGAUGUACGUCGGCGGAUCCCCGAACCGCAACAAGAACAUCGCCGCCAUCUGGAAGGCCAAGAACUUCACCAUCCACAGCGUCGUCAAGUGGCUGGACGCGCAGCUCCCCCGCCACCCCCACCUGAAGGCCUUCUACCGAUCCAUCUCGCCCCGGCAUUUCUUCAACGGGGACUGGGACACCGGCGGCCGCUGCGACAGCACGAGCCCUCUGGCCAAGGGCAGCGGCAUCUCCCUGAACCGCUCCGAGGACACCGAUGCCGAGGGCGCGGUGAUGGGAACCAGGGUCAGGCUGCUGGAUGUCACCGCUCUUUCGCGCCUGAGGGACGAAGGGCACAUAUCACGGUACAGCAUCAAGGCCACACAGGGGAUCCAGGACUGCCUGCACUGGUGCCUCCCUGGAGUGCCCGACACGUGGAACGAGAUCCUCACGGCGCAGUUGUUAUAGUCUGUAUGUAGUUGGAUGGAAAAUGAGCUAAUUGUUACGAUAUGUAUACGGUGAUUAUUGCUGGUAUUUA